AUGGAAUAUUUCGACUUUGAAGGUGCUUCUUCGGUUCAGUCGAACAACCACAGUGAUGAUUUCGCCUCUAUGGACCAUGAAUUUGAAGCCGAAGAGCGGGCUGCCAACUUACAUUUGAUGCUCGAAGAAGGACCAUUGGAAUUUCCCAAUGACCCGCCCGCCCCGGCUACAACUGAGCUGCUCAUGGGCGAUACUAGCACUGAGGCAUACCCCAUGCUUCGCGCCGAAGAACCUUGUGACUUGUGUCAACGUUUGGGCUUGGAUUGUGUCAUCCCUAAACGUGGAGUGAUGCAUAGUAAUGGUGGUUGCACCUGCUGUAUCAGUCUCUGGCGUGAAUGUAGCUUCACCCAUGCCAAAGCCCGCGGGAAGUUCCUUCACACAUUACAUCCAGUGUCCGAGAAUGCCUUCAUCUCCACGGGCGGUUUGACUGGAAAGAAGGUGCUCAAGUCAGCAAUCACCCAUGGGGAUGAUUCAGAUUCACGAUCUCGUCGAUUCUCACGCGCGGCCGCCAAUAUCUUGAAGGCUUGGCUCCGUGAACACAACGACAAUCCUUAUCCCACCGAGUCGGAAAAGUAUGAGUUGCAGAACACAACUGGUCUCUCUAAGAUUCAGAUUUCAAAUUGGCUCGCCAACGCUCGAAGAAGAGGCAAAGUUCGUCCUGCGAUUGGGGCUGAUUUGCCAGUGCCUGGCACGGAAGCCUACUCUCCCCCCGAAAACGAGCCGGCUGCGAUGACAGAUAUUAACCGUGCUUUGGCCAACCCUCCUUUCGAUCCAUCCCGCCCGCGCCGUCAACCUUCAGGUCACGUGAGGCACCGUCAUCCGGGGUCUAGUACCAAUGACUCAAGCCACGCGAGUUCUGAACAUAGAAGACGCCCUUCUGUCAGUAGUUGGGAUACUAGUCAUUCAUCCAUCUCUGACCUUUCAUUUGCUUCUGCUUUUUCCCAUCGAUCCUCAAUUGGAUCAAUGGAUCGAAAGGAACGUCGUCGCCGCCGCAAGGUCUCAGUCCCAGUCGAUACAUUGAGUCGCCAGAAAGCUCGCGCUUCUCGUCCUUUCCAAUGCACUUUUUGUACAGACUCCUUUGCUGCCAAGUAUGAUUGGCAACGUCAUGAAAAAUCAAUGCAUCUUACUCUUGAAAGGUGGACCUGUUGUCCCCAUGGCGGUGUUACCGAAGAUCAAGGUAUACUUCGUUGCGUCUUUUGCUCUGUAAUCAAUCCAGACCGGGAUCAUUUGGAAACACACAACUACAUUGACUGUCAAGAGAAGUCAAUACAGGAGAGGACUUUCUUCCGGAAAGAUAAUCUGAAUCAACACCUUCGACUGAUGCAUGGUGCAAAACUUCAACCUUGCAUGGAGAAGUGGCAUAGCAGUACCACCGAUAUAAAAUCUCGUUGCGGUCUCUGUGGAUCUAUGUUGAGCACCUGGAAAGACCGCGUGGACCAUCUCGCCGGUCACUUCAAGAACGGAGCCACCAUGGCGCAAUGGCAAGGCGACUGGGGCUUUGAGCCCCAUGUCCUUGCGCAUGUGGAGAAUGCCAUGCCGCCAUACCUCAUCGACUAUGACUCAAAGACUCCCAACCCCUGGACUACUGCGCAGGCACAAGGGGAUGAUGUAUCACCCAGGUUAAACGUCCCCAACGAUGCCAACUGCCACGCACGCCUCUCACGUGAGCUCGGCGCGUAUAUUCAAAACCAAAAGGCACAAGGUGUCAUUCCAACAGAUCAUAUGAUACAAUUUGAAGCUCGCCGAGUCAUCUUCGAGGGUGACGAUGACCCUUGGAAUCAAACUUGUGCCGACAACGCCAUGUGGCUGAGCAUCUUAAAGCGAGACAACGGUCUUGAAACCACCAUAAAUGACGACAAAAUCCAGUAUGACGACCUCGGACUGCAACCUCCAUUCGUAAUGUGUGGUCUCCCGAAAAAUAAAUCGCGAGCAACCAAUCCACCGAGCAAAGUGUAUCCCAGUCCCGCAAUGUCAAGUCCUGGUUUUCAGAGCCCUGCUUAUCCCACCCCUGGGUUCUCUUCUACCACACUCAGUGGACUUAACAGCUUAUCAGGAAGCUAUGCUGCCAGCUCGGGCAUCAUUUCAGCAGGUGUGCCGGCUUUUGAUUCUGAUUGGGGUAGCAGUGUCCACGGAAACGCUUCUGCUUACUCUACUCCUGUAACAGGAGCACCUGACCCGUUGGUGCAGAUGGGAUUUGACCCAGAUUUCCUGCAAAGAUUAAACGACAGCUACAGCGAACUCACUCCUCCCGAAAUACCUGACUUGCCCAUAGGAGCUGGUCAUGAAAUUCACACCGAGAAGCAGACGUGGUUGGAUACAGGAUUCCAGCAACAGACGGCUCCCAUUCCGGACCCGAAUGCUUUCUUUCAUUCCAACGAAGACGGCCCUUUUGUGUCUGAUGCUGCUCAACAGGUCAUCCCUGCAUUCUUACAGCAUUCUACGUAA